AACAUUUGUGCUACACUAGAAACCUUUCUUGCUGCAGCACCAACACAUUAGUCUCGGGAAAAUUGAGGAAAGACUGUGUACAGAGUUGAGGUAAGUACUUACCCUAUGCAGUCACGUUUUUGUAAUACAUGGUUUGGAAUCAAUGAAUGAUUAAAUUGUCACGUGAUAUUGGGAUCGACUCUGCGUCCCGGACGAGACUACAUCUACACUGAGAAGUUGCUCUGCAACGAGCAAGAAGAAGGCUACGCAUGCGGCAAUGUGGUCCAUCGGUCUCUUUUCUGUCGUCAUAAUCAUAUUUCUCACAAACGCGGAUGCAUCAUCAAACUGCGGUGGACACUACUGUCUUGAAUGUUGUUGUGAGAGCAUCACCGGCUGUUGCAGCUGUGACUCUGCAUUGACAUGGUGGGCUUGGUUUGCAAUCGUAUUCGCUAUUAUCGUUAUAAUUGCAAUCGCUGCUGGAGUGGGUGCUUGGCGUCGGCAUGUGUAUCUUCGAAGAGUCGGUACCACCAUGGUGAGAAAUAUGCCGGUGGCGACUGUGAUUGUGACCGGCACCGUCAACGGUGGGUAUGCUGGAUACGACGGGAUGUCACGCGUCAACGACCUCAAGCCACCUCCAUUUAACAACCACUAUUCCGAACCGCAGUUUGACACUGUUGCGUAUCCGGGUACUCCGUGUCCUGCGUACUAGAGUAUAGGGUAUAGACGAGAUGUAUAGAUAGUCUUAGAGCAGUUGGCGAUUGUAGUUUCUGUUGUGUUCGCUGUGUAUAAUUUCUAUAAAGCUGUACAUGCGUGUCACUGUUGACG